UCAUAGGACUCGGAAAAUCUUACUUCCACACCAAAAUGAGAGCGACGUAAACAGCAACCCACCACCACUCAAUCUCAUCUCCCAAAAGAUACCAUUGAUUCCGAAUUCACCUGCUGAAUCAGAAUCAUGGUGUCCAAAUGUCUCAGCCUCCAUCUCCAUCCCCAUCGCCACCCUUCACUGAUCACCUCUGCCAUAGUCCAAAAUCCAUUCCCCUCUCACUUUCCCACCACUUCUUUCUUGUCGACUACCAAAUUGACUGCCACCCAUCACCAAUCCCACCCCUCCCUCCCUGGACGCAGAUGCUCCAUUUUCACCCCCAUGGCGUCAAUCCAAGCCACGCCUAGUCCAGAGUUUGAUAAAUUUGAAGCACAUCCCAGUCUUACCAAUGAUGAUCUCAAGCCAACUACACCCCUUGAAAGGAGUUUCUCCUGGUUGGAAAUGGCCAGUCUUUGGAUUGGUCUUGUCGUGGGUGUUCCAUCAUACUAUCUCGCCGGCAGCCUUGUCGAUCUUGGCAUGGCUUGGUGGCAAGGAAUUGUCACAGUUGUUGCCGCCAACAUUAUUCUGUUGGUCCCAUUAAUCCUGACAGGUCAUCCUGGCACCCGUUAUGGUAUUUCCUUUCCAGUUCUUGCAAGAUCCUCUUUUGGAAUCCGCGGUGCCCAUAUCCCUACUCUGCUAAGAGCCUUGGUUGGCUGUGGCUGGUAUGGGAUUGAGACUUGGAUUGGUGGCGAGGCUAUUUUCCUUCUUUUGCCGAAAUUCAUCAAAGAAUCAUCCCUUUCACAGUUUUUACCUUGGCUGGGAACUUCCCCUCUUGAAUUUGCCUGUUUCAUUGCUUUUUGGUUGGCCCAAUUGACCAUUGUUUGGAGAGGAAUGGAGGGGAUCAGAGAGCUUGAAAAGUACUCUGCUCCAAUCCUCAUUGUGCUCACUUCCUGCCUCCUCAUUUGGGCUUAUGUCAAAGCUGGUGGCUUUGGCUACAUGCUCUCCUUGUCCUCUAGGCUCUCCUCCUCACAAUUUUGGUCCCUCUUCUUCCCUUCACUGACGGCGAAUAUUAGCUUUUGGGCUACUCUUGCUCUUAACAUACCUGAUUUUACUCGAUAUGCCAAGAGCCAGACUGAUCAAGUUAUUGGUCAGGCAGGUCUUCCAAUCUUCAUGGGGGCAUUCACAUUUGUUGGCCUAGCCGUCACCUGCUCUACCAAAGUAAUAUUUGGCCGAGUUAUCUCCAGCCCAAUUCAGCUUCUUGGACAAAUAGGAGGAUUCACAACCAUGAUCCUAGCUAUUCUUGGGAUUAGCCUCGCCACCAUUACAACCAAUAUUGCCGCCAAUGUUGUGGCACCUGCCAAUGCCCUCGUCAAUCUCAGCCCCUCAAAGUUCACCUUCAGAAGAGGAGCUCUUCUUACAGCAUUGCUGGGAAUUGCUUUUCAGCCCUGGAAACUUCUUAGAUCAAGUGAGAGCUUCGUUUAUACCUGGCUACUAGGAUACUCUGCAUUGUUGGGUCCAAUUGGGGGCAUAAUUCUAAUUGAUUACUACCUUAUCCGUCGCACAAAUUUGAAUAUCAAGGACUUGUACUCUUUGAGUCCUUACGGGCUUUACUAUUACUCGGGAGGCUAUAAUUUGGCUGCAAUGGCGGCCUUGGUCAUUGGGAUUUUGCCAGUGAUUCCAGGUUUCCUGGAAAAGGUUGGAGUUCUAUCUUCAAUUCCGGACAGUUUUGGUGUCAUCUACAAUAAUGCUUGGUUUUUCAGCUUCUUCUCUGCGGGUCUGCUCUAUUGGCUUCUAUCCUGUUUGACAGGAAAAAAAGAUAAGUCUCUACCUACAGAUCCUCUUUUGCCCUAUGCAAAAUAAAUGUUGUAUUUGUACCACCCUUUUUGUGAACAUAAUAAAUUUGCAUAUAUUUUGUAAACAAUGUUCAUAA